CGCGCAUGCGCAGUGCCGUCUGAAUUUUGAAACAGAAUGGCGGUGCUACUAGAAACAACAUUAGGCGACAUCGUAGUGGAUUUAUACACCGAGGAAAGACCUAAAGCCUGCUUGAACUUCUUGAAGCUGUGUAAAAUCAAGUACUACAACUACUGCCUCAUUCACAAUGUCCAGAGAGAUUUUAUCGUCCAGACUGGAGACCCUACAGGCUCUGGCCGAGGAGGAGAGUCCGUGUUCUGUAAGCUGUACGGGGAUCAGGCGCGCUUCUUCGAUGCUGAGAAGGUUCCACGGAUCAAGCACAAGAAGAAGGGCACCGUCUCCAUGGUGAACAAUGGCAAUGAGCAGCACGGUUCUCAGGUUCUAAUUUUAUAUAUAUAUAAUAUUUAUAUACACGUUAGUUUAUUUUAUGAAGUUAACACAUGCACGUCUUCUGAUAUUGAUUGAUUUUCUUCUUUGAUAAACAUAAUUGCUUUAGUUUUUGUGUGUUAUAUGUUAAUACGCUCGUCGUCGUUAACGACUUAAUUUUAAAAUAAAUAAAUAAACAUAAUGUAUUGUG